CGUAGUGCUCCAGCUUUCCGACUCCUGAAGACACAGGGGCGCCUGUCAUCCGUUAACCACCCGAGCAUCUCUAGCAUCCUAAGGCAGUUUCUAACCAGAACAGUCAUUUGACUCAUCGUUUAAGUGCUAUACAAUACCAGAAGGCUUCUUUCCCGUCACAUCGACUGAUAUUGUAAAACUUUAAAUGCUCGUCUGAAAGCUUCUUGCGGCAAUUAUAACUGCUAACUGAAGCUUAUAUGAAACAUUUUUGUCUGACAUCUCUCGGAGUCAUCUCUCUUUUAAAAAAAGAAAAUAUUCGGGGAUGUGAGACUUCCAUGUCGGCGAUGUUGUUUUCCAUCUUAAUCGAUACCUGAGACCAGGGGUUAAGAGUUGAGAAUUUGUAGCCUGUUUGAUGUGGGUCGUCUGAAGAUCAUUAAAACAAAUUAAACUUUUAUCACAUAUGAAACGGAUUAUUAAAGAUGAGACGCUUAUUUUGACUAUCACAGUGGGAUAAAGUGCAGCGCAUCAUCACCGCACCUUCAGGAUGUUCCGGCGAGGCUGUGGUCUGGAGUUUCUCCUGGUGCUGUGUGGUUUAGAGUUGACCCAGGCGUGUCCCCGUGACUGCAUCUGCUACGACUCUCCCAGCACGGUGAGCUGCCAGGCCCACAACUUCCUGGUGGUUCCAGAAGAAAUCCCGGCCCAGAGCGAGCGCGUCUUUCUGCAAAACAACAAGAUCCAGCGACUACUGCAGGGCCAUUUCAGCCCCACCACCGUCAUGCUUUGGCUCUACUCCAACAAUAUCUCAUACAUCCAGCCCUCCACAUUCAUGGGCUUCACCCGCCUGGAGGAGCUCGAUCUGGGGGACAACAAACACCUCCGCUCUCUGGCUUCUGACACUUUUCAGGGCCUGACCCGACUCCAUGCUCUGCACCUCUACCACUGUGGCCUAAUCACUCUGCCCGCUGGCUUAUUUGAAGGGCUGCACAACCUGCAGUACCUCUAUUUACAGAACAACCAGUUGGAGUUUCUUGAGGAUGACAUGUUCAUUGAUCUUCUGAAUCUGAGCCAUUUAUUUCUGCAUGGAAAUCGCCUGUGGAGCCUCCACCAGAACACUUUCCGUGGCCUGGGGGCCCUUGAUCGCUUGUUGCUCCAUCAAAACCGGCUCCAGUGGGUUCACAAACAGGCUUUCCACGACCUGCGCCGCCUGACGACUCUCUACCUGUUUAACAACUCUUUACCUGAACUUCCGGCUGAAAGCUUGUCUCAGCUGUCAGCGCUGGAGUACCUGCGGCUCAACGACAACCCUUGGGAGUGCGACUGCAAGGCUGUGCCGCUCUGGGAUUGGUUGCGGCGCUUCCGUGGCUCCACCUCCUCAUUAAUAUGCGCAGCUCCACCGGAGCUGGCGGGAAAGGACCUGAAACGGUUGACAAAAGAAGAGCUGCCCUCCUGUACAGGCUCAGAGUCGCUCCACCAGAGCAAAUCCAGCCAGGGGGACGUGGGGGUGUCACUGAAGAAAGAUCAUCAUCAUCAAUCACGCAAUCAUCAUCAUCAUCAUCCUCACCUCCCGCAUCAGGAUCAAUACUACCCCACCUCCCCGUCGCCACUUCCUCGACUGCCCAAGUCGGGACGCAACAGGAACUGCACAAGGCAUCGAAACCGCAAGGGCAAUGCUCAGAACGAGGUGUAUAACCUAAAGGAGUUAGCCAACAAGGAAUCGGACGACAAAUAUGACCCAUCAAAACCGAGACGAAAGAACAAAUGCAUCCCACAGACUUCGGUGGGUCCCCCUAGUGGUGUGCAAAGAGUGAACAGUAGGGCGGCGGCCCUCUUGGCACCUUGUUUCAUCAUCCCUCUUUGCUUAUUGGUUUGUCUCACUGCCCUUAUUUUCCGCUGAGCCUUGCGGAAACAUCUACUAAUGGUUUUAAUGAACAAACUCAGCCCUCUGUCUACUCUGGCUCCUACAAUUCAGUGUGCGAAUGUGUGUGUGUGUGUGUGUGUGUGUACGUUUGUGUGUACAUGUGAGCCCCUUUCGAGGGACAGAGGACUUGUGCGAAGUUGCAGGCCUGCAUUUAAAACCAGAGAUGUUAAGAAACUCUGGGAUUUGUGGCCGAGAGACGGGACACUAGAUGGACUACUCCUCGAUCAUCACCAUUUCCUGUUGCUCCAGGGCAUAUUCAAUAAAAAAAACAAAAAAACAAAGAACAAACAAACAAAAAUAAAAAUAUAUACAAUUGUUAACUACAUUCGGUUGUACAUCACACCUCUGCAGAAUAAUUAGCAGCUCAUUGUGUUCAAACUCAUCACCAUUAAAACCUCGGAAUCCCUGUCAUGACCUCUGACCCGCACUAAAGCUGCGGCACAGGGUGGGAAAAGAGUGUGAAUGAAAUACAUAAACCAAGCAUUUACACAAAUGUACACUGGGGCUACUUUACUAACCUGUUAGCAUCUCAGCGGCUUCUGUGGGAGGGUUGUUGUUAACACCUUUAGCACCUGACAACAUAAAAAUGGAAGCAAAGCACACAAGAGAGCAAUUUUGUUAGUUCUGAGACUUUUACAUAUAAGACAUAUAAUUGCAGUUGCAAUAUUCACACAUUAAAGCUGGUUCACACAGCCCCAACGAAUGCUAAAAGGGUUGAUACAAAACCAUAAGAGCUCAAAUUCUAGUGUCCUAAAGCUGCUAUGCUGGCGAUGUCAGUAAAGAGAAAGUAGAGUUGAUGAAGGAUUAUGGGAUGGCUUUGGGUUUGUGCGUGUUGUUAUUCGUUGAUUGUGCCCUUAAGAUAGUAUUUUGCAUAAAGAGCGGAAGAAUAAAAAGUUAUUAAGACAUGAAAAGGUCAAGUGGAGCUCAUGCAAAAAGCAUCAUGCGUUAUCUGUUCCUCAGCUGCAAUAAUGUGCUAAUCUAGAAGGGAAAUAACACCAACACUACAUUAAUAUCUUCAAAUGGCAGUUUGGGAAAAUGAAACAACAGAAAUACAGCUGUUAAGUCAGAGGUCAAGUCUAACCUGGAAGGGUAAUUUGCCAUAGGUUCCCUCAGGAAGUUCUUAACGUAUUUUUUAGCGAUUAUUGA